AUGUGUAUAUAUAAUAUAUAUAGUAUUUACAAAUUCAUCACACAUUUAUGAUUUUAUAUGGGAAUCAAAAAGCUUUCAUGAAUGUUCACCAUGUGCUGAUGUGCUCAGUGCUGUCAACAGACCCCAUUAUGACAUCACAAUGUAACGGAAUCCUUGCCAUGAUAUCAUUGCUGGUUCCAUCUGACAAGCAACAUUUCAUGAUAGUUCUCUCACAGAGAUGGGUUAAGUUCUUAUUUUGAGAGUGUUAACAUUUAUUAUCAAUGGCUUAUCGAGGAAGAAAAUCAAGUGAGUUUGACAAACUCCAGAAGGAGAACUCUCAGAUGAGGAGCGUCAUUGAAAACUUGAGGAAGCAAAACAUGGCUUUAAACCAACAGGAUGACCAGGACAGGUUUUCAAGUUUUGGCUAUCAGGAGAGCUACCCAAUCCCAGAGGGCCAUCGGGGCUUCAUCAGUGAUGCCAGACUUCUGCAGAGAGCUGAGAGAGAGGCCAUGGAAGGAAAGCAAAGAAAGAUAAGUGCUAUCCAUGAGAAUUAUGUCCGGACUGCUCUCAACAGGGUUGGCAGCACCUUCGCGCACCACUUCGUCCCCUCUAUUCAGUGCAUUCCGCGGCCGAAAGCUCCACCGAGGCCUUUGCCACAAAGGCUUGAACACAUAGCUCUGGCCCCACUGAAGAACGUGGUGGGGGUGGACGGAGCCCAAGUUCGACCCGGAUCUCACUCUCUGGAGUCCAUCCAGGUAAAUAAGUCAUUCAGCAGCAGUAGCGUGCGGCCUGUUCCCGUCCCUCCCACUGGAGCUCCCUCCAAGAGGGGCAAGAAGAAGAAGGGCAGGCGGGGAGUCAAAGCCCAGAAAGUCCAGUUGGACCAGGGCUGUGCUGACAACAAUGGACCCAUUGACCUGAUGGAGGAGGUGAGGGACAUCGAGGCUCACCUGAAGGAGGAGGCCUGGAAGGUGGUACAUGAGGUGAAGGCCAUGGGCAGGAGAAGUUUUGGCUCGGCCAUGUCCAUGGGGGAAAUAGCCACCAGCUCUCUGGGAAGCCUGAGCUCAGUGGAUAUGAACACCCCUGCGGAGCUCCGUGACUACUUGGAUGUUGGGACCCCGGUAAAGUCGCGUGACAGCCCACCCAGGCCUGCUCCCCCCCCUACCAAGCCCAGGAGCAAACUGCCUCGGCCUACAAGGUUCCUUAGCCUGCAAAAGGCUGACACCGGCUCAGUUCACAGAGAGAUAGAUGUCUGCUGUCAACCCAUAGACAAGAAGGCAGCCAGUGAGCCAAAGGGCCAAAUAAAGAAAAGUCAGGACCAGGCCAGAUUGCAGCCCCUGUCCAACCCAGAGCAGGCCCUGACUAAGACCUUCAAGCUGCUCCACUCUGCCUCUGAUGACUGGGAGAAGAAGAUCGAGGGCUUGACCUCUCUCCGUGUGAUGGCUCAGAACCACAUGGACAUACUGAUGCCUAAACUCCAUGAUAUCUGCCUUGCCAUUAUAAAUGAGGUGAAGAACCUGCGCUCUGCAGUGUCCUGUGCUGCCAUGGCCACACUGGGUGACAUGUACGUUCACCUCCAGAGGGCCAUGGACAGUGAGGUGGAGGGGACGGCACGCGUGCUGCUGCACAAAGCCAGCGAGGCCAACAACUUCAUCCGGCAGGCCGCCAACUUUGCCCUGGGUCACAUGGUGCAGAGCUGCACCCCUACCCGUGUCAUGAAUGCCCUGCUGGUCGGUGGGCUGAGCCACCGUAACGCUGCGGUGAGGAGCUGCACUGCUCAGCACCUGGAGAGACUGGCUGAGGUCAUGGGGAUGGCUCGUCUCCUGUCGGGGAAGAAAGACCUCACUGACCGUUUCUUGAUUGCCGUCAGUAAACUGGCUGUGGACCCUGCACAGGAAGUCAGGCAUCAUGGUCGCAAUAUCUUGAGAAACGUGGCCACCAAUGGCGACUUUGCUAAAAUGUGGGACAAAUUCGCUCCGAGGAAAGAGCGAGAAUCCUUGAGGGAGGUCAUCUCAAAGGUUAACCUCAAAGAAAGGUACAUUCUCUCUGGAUGAUUAGAAGAAGUAUGACAAAUGAGCUGAUAUGAUUACAGAACUCCAAUCCCACUGGGCACAGACAUCAUUUCAAUGUCUAGUUUUGAUUUAAAUUUGGGAAAUCAACCAAUGUGAAAUUAACCAAAAAUGUUGGUUAAAAGUUGGGUGGAAAAAAUCCAAUUGUGUUUUCCACAUUGAUUCACCGUCAUCACAGAUUUUUUGUUGUUUAAAUGAGGUGGAAACAACGUUUAUUCAACCAGUUUUGGCCCAAUGGGAUGAAUUUAAUAUACUGUAAGAUUAUAUCUUUCUGUCUUUUCUCUUUUUCAACAGGAAUAUCUGAAUAAUCCCCAACUCUCUCUUAUGUUUGUAUCUAAAUAUUUGCACAUUUCCCAACUUGACUAUUAUCCCCUCCAGUCCCCAAACUCCAAUAUUUUCGCUCAUUCUAAGAAAUUUGACACGAUCAUCCAAACCCCCAUGUAAAUGCAUCUGUAAGCAGCAUCGACUCCUUGUCCAAGUCCUGAAUUCACUAUAAGGCAAUAUGAACCACAUUCAAAGCACUAAAUGACCUUUCCUCGAAGCUCCUAUCUGAUCUACCAGCUCAAUAGUGGUCUACUGAAACCAUACUCACCAUCUCAGGGGGUGCUCAGAUCAUCAACCACUGACCUCCACACCAUCCUCAAAACCAGCAGUCCUCUUUUGGAGGCAGAUUGGUCAGUGCUCCUGUAUGGCACCAACAUUGUGGAUUUUCAUCCAAUGCUUCUGGACUAUGAGAACAUUCUUUGGACAAUAAAAUUAGUUAAAAUGGAAGCUGGCUACAGUCUCAGUUUUAUCCUCCAAGACAGUGUGAGGAUGUGUAACAACAAUACCUGUAGUUUAAUUUCAUGAUCAGGGCCAGAUUACCGAAUGGGCACGCAGGGCACCUGCCCUGUGGGCCCCGACCUCCAGGGAAUAUCAUCAUAACAUCCAAAACUAAAAGUAUAGUGGAUGUAUAUUACAGUACGUGGACGUUUUACAAUUCGUGAGCUCGUUUCAUAAUUUGUAGCCAUGUUUAAUAUAAAUUUGUGCUCAUUUUGUAGAAAUUCGUGAGCAUUUAAAAACAUUUAGUGGGGAUGUUUUAUAUCAAUUUGCUUACUGGUUCUCUUCCAUGCCGUCUCGAGGAGGGGUGUGUCACUUGAGUGGGUUGAGUCACUGACGUGAUCUUCCCUUCUGGGUUGGUGCC